GGGUAUUAGAAAAAGUACUUACUUGAAAUUCUAGUUACGCACGACAAACCCGUAGAAUAUCCACGGCAGACUUUGAGGUAAGCAGCGAAAAUGAAUUCGCUUGUGUGUGUUGGCCUAUGGUUGUGCGUUGUAUUGGCUUGCGCAUUCGCAGAAUGUGGAAAAGUUUUUGACAAUAAAGUGACAGCAGAUGAUGAAAAGCAGAUAGUUAACAAACACAACCAGUUGAGAAAACUUAUAGCCAAUGGACUGGUCCCGGGCCAACCACGGGGUGUUAAUCUUAAAAGAUUGAAAUAUGAUCACCGUUUGGCGGCAGCAGCCCAAGAAAUUGCAAAUACUUGCGUAUUCGCUCAUAAAACGGUAUCCGAUGGUAGAUGGCAUGCAGUAGGGCAAAAUCUUUUUUUGCACAUGUCAACGGGGAAAGAUUUCAAGAAAGAUUGGGAUAGAUCCGUGCAAGAGUGGUUUGACGAGCACAAGAUGUACUCUUAUAGAUCUAUAUUUUCUAUGGGCACGGGGCAUUAUACUCAGGUUGUCUGGGCUAAUACGGAAUACGUCGGUUGUGGAUAUACAUUUUCUGGCAAAAAUUCGUCAUUUUGGUAUCAAAAGCUGUAUGUUUGCAAUUACGGACCAGCAGGGAAUUAUAUUGGCGAGUUGCCUUACAAGACGGAUCAAGGACUAAAUAAAGAACAGGAAAAGUAUAUAUUAGCUAAGCACAACAAAGUAAGAAAAUUGAUUGCCAAUGGCAAAGUUCCCGGACAACCAAGAGGAAUUAAUUUAAAAAGAUUGAAAUACGACGCCAGUAUUGCUAAGGAAGCCCAGCGGAUUACGGAUACUUGCGUGUUCAGUCAUAUGGAAGUAAAAGACAAUAGGUUUCCUGGUGUAGGACAAAACCUUUAUCUGGAGCGGUGUUCCGAGAAAAGUAGUCGAAAAAACCUGGGUCGGGCUGUACAGGCGUGGUUUGAAGAACAUAAAUUUUAUAAUUAUUCGACGAUACGAGACGUACCAUAUUUUAAAAAAAUUGGACACUACACACAGCUCGUGUGGGCCAACACCGAAUAUCUGGGGUGCGGAUAUACAUCUUACUCUGACGAAGAAAUGAUGGCGGACUAUAAAUACAUUACCUGUCAUUAUGGACCAGGAGGCAAUAUCUUGGACGAGUUACCGUACGAGACUGGAGAAUCGGGAUGCGAAAAUUUAUGUUAAUCGAUAUGUGAGAAUUUUCGAGGAGCACAAACAAAGAGAUUACAUAUUGAAAUAGAAUGUAUCUACCUAUUCCAAUAAAGUUCUUAUAUUGGUGGUAUACAAUGUCCUCUCUCUCUUUCUCUCUCUAGCUUCCUACCAUUCUCGACUCACCUAGGCCAGCCUUGCUAGUGAUGAUGUCUCCAUUCCCGCGAUGAGAUCCGCUCCCGUUCCACAUGCCAGUCUUUGUUCCGGAGUUCAUACGCGAAGGCACGGCAAACCACAUCGCGACGAAGGAUCUGGCCUCCGUGCGUUCGAUAGCCUUGCUGAAUGACAUGGGCAGCAGUUUCCGGUACCACGCAUCCAGCUUAGCAUUGGACCUCCUGGCGUGCUCUCUGGUCCCCCCCUACUGACCCGCAUAUGGGACGAGAGUGAGUUACUUCUGAGCAGGUUGUAUUGCAGGUAUUCCCCUCUAGCCCGAAGACAGGCCAGGGAGGGGCCUCCAGCCUAACUAUUGAAGAGAGGUGUAGUUCUAUAGGUCUUCUGAUUACUCCUCCCCGCCGCCACGGGACCCUACUCUAGCUCUAAGUGCGACAGGAAGUUGAAGUGGUUGAAACAAACAUAACAAAAAUAAGAGAGGGUGUAAUGUUGGUCACCGAACCGCCUGCCUGUAUUGCGGGCUGAUUUUCAAGACCUUCACGACAGUCCGCUUACACGAAAGAAAGACAACCCCGCCGAAUACAAAAAGGCGGACGAAGAGAAACUCGGGAAACCCGAAACUGAUAUCAUCUCAAUUAUGGCAACGAUAGAAACGGCUGCGCUUAAGAACGAAGUUGCCUCAGCCUUCAUGACCACCAUGAUCUGGAGUUCCUCGCGCUGCCAUUGAAAUUUUGCGACUGGGCACUUUCAGCUUCUCGUUUGUAUCCUCGUAAUGUGCCCGUCAUCGGUGCACACGACAGUCCGGACUUGGUGAUAAACGGUCUACCGCACAUGGUCCUGCAGUGUCCGGCCUCAGUGGUCCUAGUUCUCUAGCAACGGACAAUCACCUGGAAGAGCCUUAAACCUUGUCAAAGGUCUACCCGCCCGCCGCGAGACUAGCGCGUUCCUCCGAGCAGCCAGUCAUAGCAGGAGGAAAGGGCAGCGUGACGUAGAGCUCCAUGCGCCCCCAACCCAAGUGGGGCACUUAGAACGCCCGUACACUUUAGCGAGUAAUAUACAACCCCCGAGAGAGUCAGUCGUAGUUAACCUGGCGGCUGUCUCGCUGCUAUUCGUCCGGUCCUUCACUCACGAAAACAGCUACCAACUAAGAGCUUCUGACCAGGGGCUCCAUUAAUUUCCGCCGCAUACACCUUAACCUCCGAUCUCACCUAACCUAACUUAACCUUAUUAGCACUUCCACUGGCUAACAAAAAAACUUGAAAAAAAAAAAAGGUAAAAGAUAACAGGGAGGUAGACUCUUAUUGAAGUAUUAAAUUAAGGGUGGUCAGACUAUAAUUGUACUCGGUGAUUCACUACUCGAAAGUUGUUUAAAAUUGAGCAUUACAUCCUACUUCUGUCCUGGCCACCCAGUUGGUGAGGGGGUGGGCAAAACGUAAGCAAAAUUAGAGAGAUUUUGGCUCCACCCGUUUUUCACCGGACGUAGCUCGUCGAAUAGUGAAAAACUGAUUAUCACAAAACGGGAAAGGAGGAGUGUUGGCUACAAAAAAAAAGUCUAGGCCUUAAGUUAAUAGCAAAUGUCUAUUGUUAUUAAACCAAGUCUCCAAAAAAAAAAAGGGAAAAAGCAAAAUUACGAGUGUGGUGUUAUAUAAAGCAUAAGCUUCCAAAGUUAUAAAUAAUCGGUUCAGCUUUACGUUCUUGAGCGCUCAAUCCUUACAUAAGCCGGCCGCAUAACAGUCAUGUAAUACACAAAAGCUCAAAAUCAAUGAAUCAAUCCACUUUAGAACGGUAUAAAUUACACACAAAUACCAAUUUUUAAUGCUGUUGCUCUAUUUUCCUCUAGUGGAUGUUAAUCAGCAUGACUGUCUAGAACAUUCUGGAAUGGACGGACCUCAGUUUCAAAGGUCGUCGAGACACGAACUUCACCUUUUCCCUUGAACGACCUUCUUGGAAGUAUUGAUAAAAGAAAAUGCCUGUCGCUGGUUGUCCGAACAAACUUGUGCUUGUUAUUUAAUGCCUGGAAAUAAAAGGCCUAAAAGAAAGCAAAACCACCCUAAGUACCCAGUUACAUCAUGCCGCGCCAGAAGAGACCAUGUGAUAGGGAACAAAAAGUGAAAUUUCAAGAUAUUAACUGGUAUAACGAGCUUACCAGGUUGUUAGUGACCUUCCUCGCUAGUUAUCGGAGUUGUUUAAAUUCGCUUUACCCAAUAUAUUCAAAUCCACAAAACGUGAUAUCAUGCAAAUCAACCUUAAAAUAUGGGUGCGAAACUCCGAUGGGUUAUAUCCGCGUUAGCGUUCUAAAUCAAAAAUAUUGAAAAUAAUAAAAAACACACAAAAAGAUUUCAUUGGUCGAGAAAAAGCAUCCAACCGAUUCGAUAUCCCUGGCGGUGACAGACGGUUGCAACUUUUCAAUUUCGGGCGAAUUGAACGUUAUUGACUGGCAUUUGACUUGCGAUCGAUUAAAACAUUUUCGUGAAUCAAAGAUGAUUUUUUAUUGGGGAAAAAUGCCAAAAAUAAGUUCCUUUCCAUUACCUUACGCGAGAGACUUUGAAAGUUCUAACCUUAAUUGCGUUUGUUUACAUUGUAGCUAAGAUAAGUAAUAAUUAAAUUGGGAUUCCGAUCGUUACCCCAUUUUGAAAGUAGGACCAGUGAUACCGAGACAAGGUAACGCAAGUGGUAAUUUAAAUUUGCUUCCAAGCGUAGUUAAUGUUAAAUAUGUCAGCAAUUUCGAUUGGAAACCUCGAUGUCGCCGGUGAAAUUUAACACAACCAAUUAUUAUGAACAAAUGAUUGAAUUUGAAGUAAGUGCAAGGUGCAAAAAUUGUACACUAGUUGAGUACCGAUAGUAUGCCCAAAACUGAUUUAUAAACAUGCUUUCUAUUCUUUUAUUUUUUUAGUAUUUUACUGGCGGAUGCACCAUUUGUGCUUAGAAGGACGAGAAGAUGAGGCGUGAGCUGGAAUAUAG